GUUGGCUCAGCCCUCGAUUUCUGUGCACCUCAGAGCAGCAGCUGCUGGGACCACCUUGAGAAGAGGAUGAUUCCCAACAAAGCACUGAUCCUAGGGGCCCUUGCCCUGACCACCAUGAUGAGCCGGUGUAGAGCCGAAGACAUUGUGGCUGACCAUGUUGGUGCCUAUGGCAUAAACCUCUACCAAUAUUAUGGUCCCUCUGGCCAGUACACUCAUGAAUUUGAUGGAGAUGAGGAGUUCUAUGUGGACCUGGAUAAGAAGGAGACUGUCUGGAGUCUACCUGUGUUUCGCAAAUUUAGGAGUUUUGAUCCACAAGGUGGACUGAGAGAGAUAGCUACAGCAAAAUACAACUUGGACAUCCUGAUGAAACGCUCCAACUAUACUGCUGCUGUUAAUGAAGUUCCUGAGGUGACAGUGUUCUCCAAGGCCCCUGUGAGGCUGGGGCAGCCCAACACCCUCAUCUGUCUUGUGGACAACAUCUUUCCUCCUGUGAUCAACAUCUCGUGGUUGAUCAAUGGGCACUCGGUCACAGAAGGUGUUUCUGAGACCAGCUUCCUCUCCAAGAGUGAUCACGCCUUCCUCAAAAUCGGCUACCUCACCUUCCUCCCUUCUGCUGAUGAUAUUUAUGACUGCAGAGUGGAGCACUGGGGCCUGGAGAAGCCACUUCUGAGACACUGGGAACCCAAGAUCCCAGCCCCCAUGUCAGAGCUGACAGAGACUGUGGUCUGUGCCCUGGGGUUGACUGUGGGCCUCGUGGGCAUCAUAGUAGGCACCAUCUUCAUCAUCCAAGGACUGCGCACAGGUGGUGCCUCCCAACAGCAAGGACCCUUGUGAAUCACACCCUGGUAGUGACGGAAUGUUGCCCAUCUCCAAGAGAAGAAAGUGCAUGUGCUAGAUGACCUAUCACUAUUUUCUGGCCUGAUUCAUCAUAUUCCUUGUCUACUGUAAUCACUCCUCUGCUCAACCCUUCUGUGGGACUUAAGAUGCUACAUCCACCUGGAGUUCACAUGUGCUUGGAAUUUUCUCCUCAAUUUUAUUUCCUCAAUUGUUAUUGAACAUGAAAUCCCUGGAGUAUUACAUCCAGCCACAUAAUCCCUCAGUGGCCAUGACCCAGUAUCUUCUUGGAAAUAAAUAUCUCCUUAUGAAGUU